CUGUGCUUUAUGUUUUAUCCAUUAGACGCUUUUUACCUAACAGGGCGUUUCUUCAGUCUAAUCAAAAGAGCUUGUUCUAAAGAAAAUGAAACUUGAGAUGGUUGCAACAUUCAGCGCUCACAAGGGAAGUAUUGGGUUUUUUCACAUACAAAAAGAACCUAAAUAAGUGUUAACGUGAGUAAUAUGCAUUUGUCGUUAGAUCUUUUUUUAUAUAUAUACUUUUUUAGUUUAAAUUCCGUGGUAAUUAUAUGACAUAUUAGAUAUCUUAAGGGCGUUGUGUUUGAUUAAAUCAUGGAUAGGUUUUCAGCAUAGGCUACACUGAAAUAUUUCAUUCGCUUAUUAAACUUUUACAUAAACCUCUCUAAACUACUUAAACCGGGUAGUGAGUUUUAAAGAAAUAAUUUAGGCUGGCAUGAUCUGUGACAGAAAACAGGAUUAAAGGUGUGAUAAAGGCGUAAGCUAUUUGCUGUCUCAUUUGAGAAUAUUAAGAAAUGGAUAGAGUAAAUUUUGUCCAGUCUGUCCCAUUAGCCUUUUCUUUGCUUUGGGUGCAUUUGCAUGCCCAUGCCAGCUGCACUGUGGAACACACGCCUGUGUGUGUUUUGCACCCUGCUCGCGCUCUCCACAUUCCUGCACCUUUCUGCGCGCGUCCUGUGGGACAACCCAUUGUGAUAAUAACACUCCAGUUAAACAGGCAGCGGUACUAUAAAAAAAAAAGUUUGGACAUAAUAACCUGUCUCGAGUUCUCUGCGGCUUUCUCAUUGGUCGGUCACACGCGCCUGCCCCGAGUGCUCUUAUUGGUCAAAGCGCCACGCGACCGGCUUGAGAAGGGGGGCUCCCAGGCGCGUGCCGCUUUUAAAAACGGCGCGUCGCAUAGAGACACCCAGUAAAGAAAUCCUCCUGUGGAAGGAGUACGCGCAACAGGUGCAGGAAGGAGAGCAGAGCCCCCGUCACCUCACACACACUCACCGUUAAUUCAUAUCUUUUUGGAAACCUCCGUCCCGACGUGACGAAAACAAACACACGAAAAUGGACGUCAUGGCUAACUCUUGCGAAGACGCGAGGACGGUGGAGUCUGACGCGGCGCGUGGGGAGCGCUUUCCGCUCACUUUGGCGCUGAUGGAAGGCGGCGAUGCACGCGCCUGGCUCGCUCCUGCACACGCGGAAUACCUGCCGCACAGCUCGGGGUCCUCAAGCACGGAGGGCGUGUCCGGUUCGCACUUAAACAAGGGCGCAAGGGUGGGGGGCGCCGUACGUGUGCGCGAGCUGUGCCGCCUCAAGGGAGCGACACGAGCGGAUGAGGGCAGGCAGCGCGCCCCGACCAGCAAGCCCGCCAACGUGGUGCAGAAGCAGAGACGCAUAGCGGCGAACGCACGAGAGCGCCGGCGCAUGCACGGUCUGAACCACGCCUUCGACGAGCUGCGCAGCGUCAUCCCCUCCUUAGACAACGAGAAAAAGCUGUCCAAGUACGAGACACUCCAGAUGGCACAGAUCUACAUCAACGCGCUGUCCGACCUGCUGCGUGCUCCCGGCGCAGAGGAUGACGCGCAUAAUGGUGAUGUGCUGCCGCCCGUCUUCGGAGGUGAGAGAUCACCAAACUCGUUUCCUGUUCAGCUCGCCGGCGUGUCAUUCCCGUAUGAGGAAGACGCGUUUGUGUCGCUCGGAGCGAGUAAGUCUGCCUCCGAAUGCAGCAAAGACUCCCCGCGGUCGAGUCGGAGCGAUGGAGAGUUCUCGCCACACUCGCACUUCAGCGACUCGGACGAGCCACACGCGGAGCUGCACAGUGAAGACGAGCUGUGUGAACUGAAGCUGAGUCGCCACCGCGCCUUUUAGAGACGCUCAAAGAGAUCCAGAUGUCCGUCAGUUCUUCGUGUCAAUCGUAUUCGCCCUAUAUUUUUGUAACAGGUUUAAGUUUGAAUUGGUUGUCUUGACUUCGAUUUCAUGACCAUCUGAAUUGUACGCCGUUGUUGUUAUUGUUGUAGUUUUCAGUAACUUGUACGCCAAUAGAAUCUGUUUGCCUUGUCGUGACAUUGGCGAGAUUCCCCACGCCACGUCAACUGCCGCGCGCAGCAGUGCCAUGGGCCCGAAUGUCAUGCAAAAACUUUGUCUUCCGAAAAAAAGUGACCCAAUUUGUGCAAAUACGACAAGAAUACGAUUGUUUUUUUUGUUUGUUUGUUUGUUUGAUUGUUUGUUUUUUAACUCGAUGAAUUUGCAACUUCUAAACUUCACUUGCACUUUAAAUACGGGCCAUAGGCUUGAGAAACACGCUUUGUAAUAGAACGAGUUUUUUCUGUUGUUUGUAUGUAGUCUAGUUAUGCCAAUUUGUCAAGGAUAUUUAAUAUAGCCAUUAGAUGUUUUGUACAUUUGUUAAGUUUGAAUAUUCGAUUUCGACGCGAGGUUAUUAUUUGUAUUCAACUUCUGCUUGGAGAUGCCGGUUAAAGUGUCUAUUUAUUUCCGUUUGCCUUAUCUUUUUUUAAAUGUUGAAAAUUAGCAAAUUU